UAAUAACCCUGAGAGAGUGAGUACACAGACCACUGACCUCUCUCUCAGUCACACUCCUGUCACUGUCAGAGACGAUGGUCAAGCUGUGGAUCUGUCUCCUGGUGGAGUUAUUCUCCAUGCUGGACACAAUACAUGGAUAUUACAUGGAGAGACGAUCUGAGUGCAUUUACAGCUCCAGAGAUUUAAGUGAUAUGGUUUACAUCGAUUCUUACAUUUUCAACAAGGUUAGGUACAAGUGGUUUAACAGUACAGUCGGGAAGUUUCAGGGAUACACUGCACAUGGGAUUUAUAAUGCAGAGUUAGCAAACAAUGAUACAGCCUACAUGCAGGGAGAGCGAGCUGAUCUGGAUACCUGUAAGCACAAUGCACAGAUCAACUACCCAGCUAUAACUGAUAAGUCAGUUCAGCCGCAGGUUGAAGUGAAGUCUGUGAAAAAAUCCGUCGGCUCUCAUCCUGCUGUGUUGAUGUGCAGCGCUUACAACUUUUACCCAAAGUACAUUAAAGUGACCUGGCUGAGGAACGGUCAGGAGGUUAAAGGAGGUCAGACGUCCACUGAAGAGAUGGCUAAUGGAGACUGGUACUAUCAGGUCCACUCACAUCUGGAGUACAAGCCUGAAUCUGGAGAGGAGAUCUCCUGUGUGGUGGAACACGCCAGCUUCAAAAAACCCAUGAGCUAUAAAUGGGAUCCCUCCAUGUCUGAACCUGAUAAGAGUAAGAUUGCUAUCGGAGCAUCAGGGCUGGUGCUGGGGGUCGUGCUUUCAGCUGCUGGAUUCAUCUACUACAGGAAGAAAUCCUCAGGACGGAUCCUGGUCCCCACAUAAACACAGGUCUUCAGGUGGAGAAACACAGGAGUGUUUACUGAACCCACUUCAUCUGUUAAACCCCUGCUUUAUUCCUAACAGUUAGAACUUGCUGAGAAAUCAGACAUUAAUGUGUGUGUCUGUGUGUCUGAUCUUUUACUUUUAGAUUAGCGUUUGAUGAAACUCCACUUAAAUAUCUUGAUUUUAGACUUUAUAAAAGUUCUUCAGUAGAAAAUACACAAACUGAGUUUAGAGCUCAGCUUUCAGAAAAUGUACAAAUUAAGGGUUUAUAAUGAACCUGAAAGAUUUUAAGAGUAAAUUAUUUUCAUUAUUAAAUCUUUAGCGCCCCCUACAGGCUGAUUUAAUCUGAUUCACUUUCUCAGGUUUAGUGACACUGUUCAUCAUUUUGUACUAAAACUUAACUCUACACUUCUGCAGGUUUUAUUCAUCAGUUAAUUAAAUUUAAUUUACAUUUUAAGAACUUCUUUUAAUUCUUUUUUGAUUGUUGUUACACAGAAUUUCUGUAUUUUUCUUUCUUCAGCAUUAGAGAUCAAUAUUUUCUGUUCAUUUUUAAAUGGAAAGUGUUUCUUUUCUGCAAGCACAAAUCCUGGUUUUAUUUCAGAUUGCUGAAUAAAUACAGACUGGAUUGUAAAAUAAACUUUAAAAUAAACUUCAUCAUUGUGAUUCAAA